AUGGAACCCACGUGGGGAGACUGGAGAAAAGAGAACGAGCUUCUAAAGAAGCAGUCCACACACCUGUCGGUCAUCGGACUUAGUUGUGCCAUAUCAGCCCAUCGGUCGUUUUGCCAUGAUUUCGCCAUGGCACUUCGCGAAAGAGAAGGACAACGGCUACAACAUCCGGACAUUUUUUCGCAGAAGACGGACUACGAUUUGUCCGCAUACUACAAUCAAGCACUUGCGAGAAAGGAACAACUCAGUCACUCGGACGGAGACGACAUGCCGACGAACUCGAUCAUUCUAGCCUUGCCGAAGGCAUUCGAGCGUGUGCGAACGGAGGUUGCCGCGGAAGAUUCAGUGAAGUUCGUGGUGUACAACCACCUUGACGACAUGGCGGAUCAAUUGAACAAAAUACCGAUUAGCGCCGCCAUGUUAUGGGUUUGGCCGGAGAAAAUGCCGCGGUCGGACCAGAUGAGAAGGAGCAUGCAGGCCGUCGAGAGACAUUUGCAGUGCGGAGGAACGCUAGACUGCUUCCCGCCACCUUUCGAGAAAAUGCGCAGGGACGAGUGGGAGGAACUCCGGAAAGUCUGCAUUGAAGUCGUGCGAAUGUUGACCGGGCCGGCCAGGGGGUUUGACGCCAAGGGAGAGGGUCCGUGCUCCGGGCGCGGUGGUUGGAGGAGAGUUCCCCAACUGACGCUCCACAGACUUCCUGCUGUAAUCGCAGGAAGUCCCACAGUGGUACGACCACAGCCCUCCCUGCCAAUUUUUGGAAAGACUCGAAAGAGUCGACAAUAG